AAAAAAAAAAUGUGUAGAUGGAUUUUAAUUCUGUGAAAAACAACGGUGGAACUUGAUAAUGAUUUUCUGUAGGCGAUUCAAUUGAAGCAUCUUGUUGAGGAUGGAUCGUUGGAGUGGAAUUUUGAAGGUUCCAUUGCAUCCGAAGAGCCGCAAGUUUUAUCGAGUUGCAGCAUCACUCUGCCUUUCCCCAACCUCCAAAACAUUGAAUGUUCCCUGUGCAAACGCCAUCUUUUUCAAUGGGGAUCGGGUCGAAGGGACGGGGAAUCCUGUGAUUGAGAGAUUGUCUAAUCUGCAGAACAUAGCUGAAAUUUUAGUUUCGAAAUUUGGAGAGUCCACUAAUGCAUGGGUUGUCGAGGCUUCUGAUUUCAAUGGAGCUUUUGCUAUAUAUCAGGAUUUUAUACCGUCACUCAAUCGGUGGGGAGAACCAAAAUCAUAUUCUCCAGAUGGGUUUCCUGCUUCUCUGUCAACCGUUUCACUUUUGGAAAGUUGCUACAAUGAGGUAAAGAAGAUAAUUCCUUGGGUAAAACCUGUAUCAAAGGGAACCACCAUAUCUACACUGGGCUGCUGCACCCCCAAAACAAUCAUUCUUGGAUUUAGCAAGGGAGGUACUGUGGUUAACCAGCUAGUUACUGAACUUGGCUCCAAAGACUUGAUAGCUGCUGAUGAGGAUAUACCUCAUUCCAAGCAAGAACCGGGUGUUGAAUGUUCUACACUUGAAGAGGAUCAGUUCAUAUCAACUACAGAACAAAGCUUUCUGAAAAGCAUAACAGAGAUUCAUUAUGUGGAUGUUGGGUUGAACUCCCAUGGUGCAUACCUUACAGACCCUGAGGUAAUCAAAAGAAUCUCCAGCAGCCUUGUUCAGGAGUCGAGAGGAAUCCGUUUUGUUCUUCAUGGUACUCCAAGACAAUGGUGUGACAGCAGAAGAGUUUGGAUUCGAGAUGAGAAGGAAAAAAUGAUGAGUUUUCUUGCGUCUGAAGCUCUGAGAAGUGGAGGAAACUUGCAGUUUUGUGAGAGAUUUUAUUUUUCUGGUAAGCCAGGGGACAUGCAAAUGCAUUUUGAAAUAAUUGAAAAGUUGGAUGUUUCUUGAUCGCCCUAUUGUCAGGUCGCUGGAAGAUAAGAGUUUUGGAUAAUCCUGUGUACGUUGUACAAAAUACAAGUUUGAAGAAUAGAUCCUGUCGUACUUGUUUGAAAUGUCUAGUACACUUGAUGUAUUUUCGAAUAAAAAAUGUUUUUAAUUCUUGUAAAAGUCAUUUCAAACAUGUCAUAGACAAUAAUGUUUUAACGUUUAUAUUUAGGCAUCAUCAUCGAGGUCUUUGUAAUGUUGUUGAAUAUGCUCACUAAAUUCAAUAGUGUAAAUAGACUAGGUACUAGUCACAGUUAUUUGUUAUUA